AUGCAUAUAUCAAUAGCAAAAUUUGGUGGCUCUGAAAAUGUGCUAACAGUUGAAAUUGCAUCCGAUCUUUCAUUAAAAGAUUUAAAAGCUGUUAUUGAAGCUGAAUCUGACUUUGCUAUCAAAGCUGAGGAAAUGAGUCUAUAUUUUGAAGGUAAACUACUUGGCGACGAUAAUCAAACGCUUGCACAAUGUAAAUUCAAUGAUUAUGAUUUACUUACUUGUCAACGAGCAUCAGCUAAUCAUGGUUUAAGACCAGAGCCAGCAGCUACGUCACGUCGAAACAUGAACCCACGUGAUCCUCGUCAACUUUUUGAAAUGAUUCGUAGUAAUCCUGAAAUGCUUCAACAAAUUCGCCAAAAUUCUCCACAAUUAGUCGAUGCUGUUCAGCGCGGUGAUUUCAAUAGAUUUAUGGAACAUAUAGCCGCUGGAUCACCUGAAAUGCAACAACGAAUGGAACUUGAUCGACUUGCUAGUCUUGAUCCAUUCGAUCCUGAAGUGCAACGACGCAUUCAUGAAAUUAUCAAUAUGCAAAAUGUUCAAGAAAAUAUGGAGCACGCUGUGGAACACGCUCCUGAAGUCUUCGGUCAUGUGAUUAUGCUUUAUAUUAAUUGUAAAGUAAAUGGUCAUCUUGUUAAAGCUUUUGUUGAUUCAGGAGCUCAAAUGACAAUUAUGAGUAAAGCAUGUGCUGAACGUUGUGGAAUAAUGCGUCUUGUUGAUCGACGUUUCAGUGGCAUUGCAAAAGGUGUCGGAACACAAAAAAUUCUUGGACGUAUUCAUCUUGCCCAACUUGAAAUCGAAAAAAAUUAUUUUGCAACAUCAUUAUCUGUGCUCGAAGAUCAGCCAAUGGAUAUGUUAUUAGGACUCGAUAUGCUUAGGCGUCACCAAUGUGUUCUUGAUUUACAUAAAAAUACCCUUCGCAUUGGUAAUGCUGUUGAGACAAAUUUUCUUUCUGAAUCUGAAUUACCAAUACAUGCAAAACUAUCGGGCAAUACACCCGAUAUUGAGGAUGAUAUUUCCAAUUCAACAACUGAGAAUAAUUCUCAAACACGAAUGGAAGUAUCAACGACAGCAAGUUCAACACCAGCUCCUUUCCCAGAAGAUUCAAUUAAGCAUAUAACAAAGGGUGGUUUUACACGAGAACAAGCAAUAGAAGAAUUAAAAUCAGCAAAUGGUGAUGCAACUAAAGCACUUGUUUCAUUGAUGACGAAAUCAUUAUCGAUACCUAAAAGAAAACGUUAA